GUCAUACUUGCAAUUCAAACAAGGAUAAUUCGACAAUUCUGAUAUUACGCGCUCGCUUCCGUCAAACGGGCUCUUGUCUUCAUUGCCAUCAGCACCAUCGCAUCACAACCAAACAUCCAACACUACAAUCAGUCUUGUAUCAUACAGACUCAAUCAGCUAUUUACACUCAACUCAACCCAAACACACAACAUACAAGAGACUUGCACCUGUUGCUACCGAUAUUCAUCCUCACACGACCAGUAAUCAAAUCAUCCGCCAAAGCUAAAAUCAGCUCGCUGCCACUUGCUACAUCCGGACCCACCUGAGCUUUUCUGACACCACCACCCCUCUUCAUCAGAGCAGCUCUUCUGGGGUUAUCAACGUCGCCCGACCACGCAACAGUUACCGCCUGAGCCGGCCUUUGUCCAAUUAGGUAGUUGGAAUAGCCUAUUCGCGACCCCCUUUUACCUAUCGAGAAUAAUACCUGCUCCUGUCUGCUCGAUUUCCCCCGCUCUGCGAAGUUUCUUGGACUCGAGACAUUUAUAUAACCGCCAAAACUGAGCCACUUUCUUCAGAGUUAGCUCAGCUACCACCUACAACUACCCUACCUACCUAUCACAACAACAAACUCCAACAAGUCACCAUGAAGGUCCUCACCAAGGAAGAAGAAGCCGCCCACUACAACGCCGUUGUCAAGGGCGGAUUGAUCGGUGGUUCAUUGGGUCUUGCUAUCGGUGCCAGUGGUGUCAUCUACGCCUCAAGGAGAUAUCCUUCUUUCCGCGGCCUGACCCUGCCAUUCCGAACUUUCCUCGUCACAUCCACCGCUACCUUUGGCGCCAUCGUGCAGGCUGAUCGCCAGGGCAUCAAGCACCAGAAGGAGCAGGACCCCAGACGCAUGUACCGAGACAACUCCCAGCGUGCCCAGGAGAUGAUCCGCGAGAACGAGACCGCCUACGAGCGCUUCAUGAACUAUGGCCGCGACCACCGCUAUAGUAUUGUCUGCGCCUCGUGGCUUGCCAGUUUGGCCGUUGCCUUUGCUCUCGUCAGCCGCGCGCCCAUGAGCACCCCCCAGAAGAUUGUGCAGGCCCGUGUCUACGCCCAGGGCCUGACGCUUGCCGUGCUCAUCGUCUCGGCCGCCUUCGAGAUGAACGAUGCCAAGAGCGGCAAGGGCCGCUGGGAGACCGUCAUGGUCCUCGACCCCAACGAUCCUGAGCACAAGCACCUCAUUGAGAAGAGAAUCCACAAGGAGGAGUACGAGGGACAGGAUCUGUGGAUGGACAUGGUUGAGGCUGAGGAGAAGAGAAUAGCCGCCCGCAAGGCUGCCCAGGCCCAGGAGCAUGCCCACAAAUGAAACUACACUCCGAAAAAUAAAAAAGAUUUUCGGAAAAAAUUACUCGUUGGGUAUCAAGGGGGGAGGUUAAUGAAUU